AUGGGUGCUAUACCGGAAAAAUGUGGUGAUCCCGGUCGUUGUAUGGUUACUUGCACUAUAGGUGGUGUACAAUUUUUUUAUUACAUGUGUGACCUAGGUGCUUGUGUCAGCAUUAUGCCGUUAUCUGUGUAUGAUGCAUUGAAACUUUUGCCAUUGAAAAGAUCAGCAGCCCAUUUUAUUUUGGCAGAUAAAAGCAUAAUUUUUGUGGUUGGCAUUGCGGAAGACGUCUUGGUGAGCAUUAAGGGGUUGAUUUUCCCUAUUGAUUUCUACAUUCUUGAGAUGCCCCCUAAUGACUCAGGAAGACCAUCGUAUAUCUUGCUUAGGAGGCCGUUCUUGAAGACCUCUUGGUUUAAAUUGGAUGCCUUCUCGGGUACCUAUUCCUUUGAAAUAGAUGGAAGAGCAGUGAGUUUCAACUUUGAUGAUGCUAUGAAGCAUCCACCGGAAGACCAUUCUAUCUUCCAGUGUGAUAUUAUUGAUGAAAUUAUGGCCGAAGUCCACCAUGGUAUAGUUGAUGAGAAGAACAUAGUUCAAGGUGCAAGUGUGGGGAAACCCCCUGAAUAUGAUAAAGACACCUUGCUACCUCUGGUGCUACCGGAUAAUCAAGUGCCAAGCCAUGAGCUAAACAUGGAAUUAAAGCCCCUUUCACCUCAUCUCAAGUAUCCUUAUCUUGAAGAUGAUCAAAAGCUCCUGGUGUUCAUUGCAAAAGAGCUUACAUCCCAAUAA